GAAGGAUGGUUUGGACCUGGGUGUACCAACCAGUGUGUAGGACAUUGUGUAAACAACGACUACUGUAACCACACGUCUGGUAUAUGUGAUGGCGGAUGUGCCUCGGGAUGGACUGGGACCCAGUGUGACAAAGAAUGUGAAAAUGGGAUGUAUGGUAUAAACUGCAUACACAAUUGCAGUGGACACUGUUUUAAUAAUUCCUAUUGCAACAAAAUAUCAGGUCACUGUGACACGGGUUGUGAUCCAGGAUACGUUGGAACUUUCUGUAAAAAAUCCUGUCCACCGGGAAAGUUUGGACACUUAUGCAAAGAUAUUUGCAGUGGGAACUGUGUAAAUAACACGGUAUGUAACCAUGCGAACGGAGUGUGCGCGAAGGGAUGUAAUGACGGAUUCCUUGGAAACAUUUGUAACAUAUCAUGUGAUGUGGGCUAUUAUGGUUCGAAUUGUUCACAAAAUUGCUCAGAAAAUUGCAUCCGUCCCUCUGUGUGUAAGAAUACUGAUGGAUCAUGUAAAUGUUCAGCUGGAUGGAAAGGGUCACCAAAUUGCACAAUAGAAUGUAUUAAUUCAUACGGAGAGGACUGUCAAACCCCAUGCAGUGAUUAUUGUGUUAAUGGUACAUGUGACAGAAUCAGCGGAAGUUGCUUGUUUGGUUGUAAAGGAGAAGCUUAUGGAGAAAAAUGCAAUCAAGGAAUAGUUCGAGCCUACCCGGUUUCUAAUACUGCUUCAUCGGAUAUGCUCAUUGCUAUUGGGGUUGUUGUUCCGUUAGCAGUUGUCAUCAUUAUUGCUGUUGUGGUUAUUUUACUUAUUCGAUAUAAAAGAAAAUCUUCAGAGACUUCAGCUAAACAGAAAGAUAUACUUAACAUGAAGCAUAUUUCUAUGGUAGAAAGCGUGAACAGGGAAUCCUCUUCAGAACAAGAUGAAAACGAGCGUGCCAAGCGAGGGCCACCAACCAAUGAAUGUAUACCAGUGAAUAAUUUACCAGCCAUUAUAUCUCAAAUGUCAGCAACAGAUGACAUUGGCUUUCAACAUGAAUAUCAGGAUAUCCCAAACGGUGAACUUCAUCCAUGUGAAGAAGCCAAACGACCAGAAAACAAAUCUAAAAAUAGAUACACAACAACGUUUCCAUAUGACCAUUCUCGAGUCAUAUUGAAAACAUCAUCAUCUAAUGAAGGGGAUUACAUCAAUGCUAACUAUAUAGAGGAUGUCCAAGGAAAACGUUCUUACAUUGCUACGCAAGGUCCUAUGCCUAAGACGAUUGCUGAUUUUUGGAAAAUGAUAUGGCAGGAGGAUGUUUCUAUUAUUGUUUGUCUGACCAAUCUCAAAGAAGGCGCAAAGAUCAAAUGCUCACAGUAUUGGCCAAACAUAAACGACAAGUUACAGGAUGGAGGAUUUAAUGUCAGAAGCAUGGAAGAAAAAGUAUAUGCAAAUUACACUAAAAGACAUUUCAAGGUCUACAAUCUUUUGGAUCAAAAAGAUAGGGAAGUUGUGAUGUUUCACUAUACAAGAUGGCCAGAUCACGGAGUACCUGCCCCACUCAGUCUUGUUGUGUUUCAUCGUCACGUGAUGAGAGUUUCCACUAAACACACUGGAAAAUACAUUGCUGUGCACUGCAGUGCCGGAAUCGGGAGAACCGGGACAUAUAUAGCUCUAGACGCCCUCUACCGGGAAGGGGAGAUAAAUGGUAAAGUCAAUGUACCGAUGUACGUCAGGACUAUGAGAAAAGACAGAAUGAACAUGAUACAAGGGGAUGAACAAUACAAAAUUGUCUAUCUGUUACUUAACGAAUCAUUCCUGGGGAAAUCAAGAUGCAUGACAACUGAGCAAAUUGUACAAGGAAGUCAAGACAAUGUGUGCUAUGCAAACUGUGCAGAUGUCACUUCAAACCCUUUGUCUUCAGAUUUUAAGGAGCUGAUGUCUGUUCGGAAAACUUAUAUAGAAGAAGACUUUGAAUCCGGAAGUAUCAAUAUAGAAGCUAACUACUCAAAAUAUGUACUUCCUGUUGAGGAAUUCAUGUGCCGGUUAACAUAUUCGGAAGGGAGAUCAACAUAUUACAAUGCUGUGUUUCUCCAGUCUUAUAAAGAAAACGAUAGCCUCAUUAGUGCCCAAUAUCCUCUACAUGAAUACACAGAAGACUUCCUAAGGCUGAUAAUGGAUAUGAACGUCCAUGUAGUUGUCUUCCUUUGUCCAUUAUCUGAUUUGGAAUCUUUCUCUCUCUGGAUCCCAUCCAAAAACAUGAAGAAAACUGUUGGAAAUUUUACAGUUAAGCUAAAUUCAUGUGAAGAAUCUCCACAGGUUUCCAAAACAAAUAUACUUCUUAAGCCCAAGGGAUGCAGUUCUUUGAGAGUGACUGUGCUUGGAUGCCCGAAAUGGAAAGAAGGGCUCACUAGUGCAGAUAAAAGAGACUUAGUGGAAGUUGUAAAGGCGGCAAAAAGUGAAAGCCUUGAUCACGGAAAUAGACUGCUCGUACUUUCAAGUGAUGGUGCAACUCGUUGUGGGUCAUUUUGCGUAGUCUAUAACGCUCUAGAACAACUCUCCAUGGAUCAGGAAGUGGACAUCUUCACCAUCACACGGCAACUUCAGAUCCGGAGACCGGAGUUUGUGUCUACCUUGGAGGAAUACCAGCUUUGUCAUGAGGCUGUUGCAGAAUAUUUGAGAAAUGACAGUGUGUACGCCAAUUUCUAGUCAAAGGAAGUUUACCCUCAAAAGUCACUAACUAUGUUUUCAGAAGACAAUAUAAACCAUGUAUUAUUUGUUUUAUUUGAUACAGUAUUGGCUUAUUUUUUACUUAUUGUUUUUUUUUUUUGUUUUUUUUUUUAAAAUGGGAUGUGGCCUAAAAGAAAAAAGA